AAAUUUGAAUCGGUCUUUCCCUACGUUCACGAACCAUUCUAACACGUCAUUGAUUGUAAUGACAGGUCGUUCACCAAAAUGAAUGCUAUAAAGACUUACACAAGUUUAUUACUCGUGAGUUUUUUUGUUGUUGCAUUUUGUCAUUGUUCGGUAAGUUGUCGUCUGCGAGUAGAGUGCGAGGAGCUUUACGCACGCACGGACCGGAGAUUUCAAUUGCACCGGCGGGGAGUGCAGUCAUUUUCCCCCAACAUCCCUCAGUGAUGUGGCUGCCUGAAACGAUGGAAGAACAACGCAGUGGCUGCUCAGUGACAAUCGAAGUGAAGCAGUAGCAUCUCAGAGAAGCAUCCACACGUGCUGCCAGCACUCCUUGUCACAGAUGCCUCGAGGUAUCCUCGAUCACCCCUUACAUGUUGAUGCGUGAGCACUGAGCCCCGAUCAGCCACAUCAUCCUGGCCCAAGUGCCCCAGGGAGGGAUCCCCUCUCCCUCCGUGCCCUCAUCCCCUUCCUCCAUGGAUCGACAGACCCAGUCCAUCGCACUUGAGAAGCAGCAUGUCCAUGAUGUGUACGAGCGGAUUGCCCCACACUUCAGCGACGCACGGUAUAAGGCCUGGCCCAGGGUGAAGGAGUUUCUACUUGGCUUGGAGCCAGGAAGCAUUGUAGCUGAUGUCGGAUGUGGUAAUGGCAAGUACCUGGGGAUCAACAAGCAGAUCUACAAGGUGGGCUCAGACUGUUGCCCCAGCCUGGUUGCCAUUGCCCACCGGGCCCAUCAUGAGACCAUGGUCUGCGACAACAUCCGCCUUCCAUACCGCGACGACAGCUUUGAUGCUGUUAUCUCCAUUGCCGUCAUCCACCACUUUGCCACAGCGGAGCGCCGGGCCCAAGCACUGAAGGAGCUGGCCAGGAUUUGCCGACCUGGUGGCCAGGUCAUGAUCUAUGUGUGGGCAAUGGAGCAGAAACUCAGAAAGUUUGAUGCACAAGAUGUGUUGGUCCCAUGGCACUUACAACCGAGAAAGCUCAAAACUCAAGACUCAAGGAGAUAUGCACCACAUCAUUUCAUUGGCUGUGGCUGCGCCGAGGAUGUUUCCAGAAGGCUGACACCAAAAUCCAAGAUUCACAGCUACUCUACUGCUACUGGGAAAGGCAUCUCUCGUCAAGGUAGAGCACCAUUUCUUCCUCACCAGCACUCCACCGAGUUCAUGAAUGGAUCUGGCAAGGCAAGUACCAAGCACACCAAAGAGCUUUUGAGAACCAAGUCUGAUCAGAGCAAUGAGCCACGUGGACACACAGAGAAGAACCACUUCAAGAGGUUGCUUCUCCCGGCCCGCUCCUCAUCUGCCGAUGAAGUCUUCCUCAACAUAAGCAGGGAGCAGAAUCGUAUCACUUGCCAAGAGGUGUGGGUGAAUAAGGCAAGAAAGCUCCCAGCCCACCAGUCUGCCCAUGAAGUAGCCUGCCAGCAAAAGCGAGAUUUGCCAAGGAUGUUCUCUUUUGACGAGAGGCUGCCCAGGGAGCCAGUGACUGAGGAGACAUCCUUUAUGGGGAGCCUAACAUCCACAGCCACUCAGUUACUUCGUGCAAUAUCCAGGCAGAGCAGCCUAGACAUUGACAAGCAACCUCCAGCCAAGGAGUUGCCAGGUAAGGGUCUAGAGAUGUCAACGUUCAGCAAAAAUCAAAUUUUCCAGCAAGCAGAUAAACCUGUGUUGUUUGGGCAUAGAGCUAAAACCAUGAAUUCCACACUUGAUGGUAGCAUCCAAGGUGUGAGGAAUGGGUACUCUCAGGGAAAUACAAGGAAAUGUGUGAUAGAUGCAGUUGCAGAAGGUGAUGUAAAUGGGCAUGCAACAGUAAACGGAGAUAAAUCUCUGCCACAUAACCUUGACUCAAAGGACAAAGAUGACAGACAAGACGAUGCCCAUAAGAAAGAGCCUCCCGAUGAGGGUAUGAAGGCCUUCAAAUCUAAGACUUCACUCCAACUAAAACUCCUUCCAAAUGUGCAGCCCAUCGUGGGAAUCAAUUGCCUGACAGCUCAAGGGGAGCUGUACCACAAGUCCCGUUCAGUGCACGCUCCCCCUCACAGGAGCAUCAGCAGGGAACGAGAUUCCUCCGUCGACUCUGUCUCCUCCUCUGACGACAGCCUCACUGCCUUCCCCGUGGAACUGGCCAGCACAGAUUCCUGCGACAGAGACCACACCAACAAAAGUGCAACCUACUCCCUCCCUGACAGUCCGUCCAUGAAACAUUGCAAACUAGGCAAAUCGAUAGCUUGUAAUGAAUCCACAAUCACAGAUAUGGAUGGCUCAGUUGCUGAUGGUCAAGCGCCUUCACAGAGUCCAGUUUCAUCAGAUAGCGAUCUAAAAUCUGAAAGUACACUAGCCGAGUAUGUUGUCCUGACACAAGAUAUGACGCAGUUCGAUGACUGUGCUUCCAGUGGUCCAACAUCCAAUUCUAGUAUUUCGAACGAGCACCCAAAAACACAAAAUUCAACUUCUGCAGAAACAGAUCUCGAGUGUGAGCCAGAUUGCAAACCACCGGACAGUAGCACACUUCGUAAGCAAUGCCAAGAUUGCCACUCCUCCACUACCAACAGUUCAACUCCAACUAGUCCUUUGGCUGAAGAUAAACCCAUUCCAAAGAGUCCCAAAGUCCACCCUCCUCCAAGCAGCAAGGAUGACCCCUCCCUGUAUCUACGCUACUACCAUGUGUUCCGUGAAGGUGAGCUGGCUGACCUCAUAGAGGAACACGUGGACAGCCUCCACAUCCUGCGCAGUUACUACGACCAUGCUAACUGGUGUGUGAUUGCAGAGAAAGUCCAGGUCUGGACGAUAUGACUGUCAGCUUGAAGUAAGCUCCUGUGUAUCCAAGAGCAGACUUAGAAGUAUUCAGAAGUCUGCCAACUGGCAGUCUGUGACCCAGUGGUAGCUUGAUUACAUUUUCGCACAGUACAUUGAAAGUUAAAUUGAGAGUGGAAAAUUCUCUUAACACUUAAAUCUCUUCCCAGGGAAUUCAUUUUCAUUUCACAAAUUUUCCCACCAGUGGGAAAAGAUUUCCACAGAUUUUCCCACCAGUGGGAAACAUUGUGAAUUCUUUUCCUGAAAUUUCACAUUCCAGUGCACAGUGUUAACUUUCAACAGUAAUGUACAUCACAUACCUCAGACAGCACAGACCCACCAGUAUACCACCCCCACCCCCAUUUGAAAAGUUUGAAAUGUACACAACCCAUGUACCAGGCACAGUUCAUCAGCUGUCUGUGCUUCCUGAAUAAAAUAUGUGCACACCCAGAUGUCCCCCCUCCCCCUAGAAAUAUCACCCUUGUUAUGCCAUUGACUCACGCUGCAGUAAGUUUGUAUCACCAGCGUGUAAUAUCACUUAUUUUGGAUGUUUCCACUGAAGCCGUUUCCAUGCUGGUCUCUGUUAUCACAGACACCAGUCCAGUCCCGGAACCACAGUUCACAUCCUCAAGGCUAUUUCGAAACACAGUAAAAGGCACAAUCCCUCGUUUCCUAUUGAAUCCUGGCAAUACGUGGUGGUCAAAAAUAAUGCUCACGAACCAAGAGUCACUCUAAUGGACAGGGUUUGUGGCCUUGUGCAAGUAUGCACAAGAUGCGAAUUGCCCAGAGAAUUCAUUGCGGUUAGGAGUCAAAAAGAUAUACAUAUAGGCUAAAAAUCAACAUUAAACUGGAAAAAGUUAAAGCAAACCUUGAGUGUAACAAGAAAAAAAUGUACCACACAAAAGUACUUGAUUCAAAAGUGCCCUGUAAUUUACUAUCUCAAAAAGUACUUAUUAAUAGAUUUUUUCUUGUUAAAAUAAUCAAAGUUGGCUAAAGAAAUUUAGAGGUUAAAAUAGACUGCCUAUAUUUUUUACACAUUUGUGUAAAUGCACACGUACAUGUAUGUACAUAUACAUGUACAUCUUCCUGUAGAUUAAACCCAUUGUGCUGUUUUUUAUGCAUAACUUAUGCAAGUAAACCUGUGUGUAUUUUUUACCUUUUAAUACGAUUGGAUAUCAGAUAGAGGUUUUUCCAAGAUUCACUUUUGCCAUUUUUAACUUGAGGCAAGAGCAAUACCCAACCUCCUGUUAGAGUUUACAAUUGAGUUUUGUGUAAUGUUCAGUGAUGGUGCUCCCAUCUAACAUGCUGCCAUGCAUUAGAGCCUUCCUCCAUUAUUGAGUGACACAGGCAUAUUUCUUGCACAAGUGGCACAGUAGGGAUCCAAGUCUAAGACUGAGACCUGAGGUCCUGAGCCAUGAACCAGAUCAAAAUGUACAGACCUGAACCUAGGACCAAAACCUUGUAUAGAUUAGAGAUAUGAUUGAAUAUUUGCGUUCCCUGAAUAACUUGACUCCCAGUGUUGAAGUCGAGACCAUCACAAGACUAUUCAUAAGACCAUGCACAAGACCAAAGAUCGUAUAGCACUACUUUGCAGCGCAAGAUGGUGAACUUCACCGUGAAUACACGUAAAACAUUGUAAUCGCACA